AUUAUUAACAUCCGGUUAUCAACGCCCAUCAGAUAAGAAAAUAUAUCUAUAUACUCAAGUACAUUCAAGACAGAAAGAACACACGUAGACUCCGGUGAUACAAGGAAGGAUCAGACUUGGAUGGACAAUCGGGCACAUCAAAAACAGCAGUCGGUGUUGGCAAAAGUGGUUCCACAACUAAACUAGAAGAGGUUUCCGCAACACUUGAUAAUGAACUAGACUUCACAAGAGACGAUGCCUCAUAAGAAACAAUUGGUCGUGUUGGCAAAGAUAAUUUUACGUCUAAACUAGAGGUUUCCGCAACAAUUAGUAAUGGAUAAGAAUUGUCAGGACAUGAUGACAUAUUAGAAACAAUAGCUGUCGUUGGUAAAGGUGGUUUGUCAACUACACUAGUGGAAAUAUUCGCAUCACUUUAUAAAAGCUUACGAUUAGUCUUGAAUACCCAUGAUGGCAUAUCCGCAAUAGUUGGUGUUGUUGGCGUAAGCGAUUUUUUAACCAAACUCGUAGACCUUUCCGAAACAUGCUGUAAAAGUUUACACUUAGGCAUGUGCGGUUGUGAUGAGACAAAACAAGUUGGUGGUGUUGGUGAAGGUGGUUUUACAAUUAAACUAGAAGCGAUUUCCACAACAUAUUGUGAAGGGCUUGACUUGACAGGAUACGAUGACACAUUCGAAAGAGUUGAUGUUGGUGAAGGCGGUUUCACAACUACACUAGAAGAAGUAUCCGCAACUCUUUGUGAAAGACCAGACGUAACAGUACACAAAGACUCAAUAGAAACAUCGGCAACGAUUUCAUUUUUAUGGUUUUAUAGAUUUGGUUCGAUAGGUUCUGGAUCUUUAGAUAUUUGUGAUUGCUCCGAUUUGAUAAAUUGCUUGUAGCAUUUUCUAUGGCAAAUUUUAGUGCAGUCCUUACAUUUGUACACCGACUUAAAUAGUUUUAUCUUUUUGCAGUAUAUACAGCGUACUAAACGAUAUGGAAAAAAAAUCGUUUUAAUGAAAUUAUGGCUAUGUCGCUAUGAUCCAUUUUCAAAUGUUUAUGUGCGAAUUGUAUGAACAACACGAUACAAUUACAAUAGUCAACUAGUUGUUUAUAUCCCAAAUAUUUAUUCGACG